AUGGAUAAAACAAUUUUAAGUAAAAAAGAAAAAAUAAAGAUCGUUUGCAAAAAAAUAAAUAAUUUGAAGAAGAAAUUUUACAAUUCUGCUGAACAUUUAAAAUGUGUUGAAGUCUUAUUUGAAAAAUCUGGGACAAAAUGUAUAAAAAAAAAAAAAAAAAACAAACAGUCCCUAAAUCCUGAACACAAUGACAACUCAUCACCAACAAAGGAUAUAUUUUUUACUGGAUUUAUAAAUGAUUUGGAUUUUUUUAAUGCCAAAAAUUUGGAUAUAUUUUUUGAUAAAUUCCGUUUUUUAAAUAAUAAAUAUAAUGAUAAACAAAAAAAUAGUAACUUAAAUUUUAAUUCUGUCCAUAAGAACCAAAAUGCGAAGAAACCAAAAUUAAAAAAAAAUAAAAAUAACAUUGAAGAAGAUUUAUCGAAUAAAAGUAAUAAUACAGAAAAUGAAAUCACAUUUGAAUCUUCCCAAUGCAAUAUCAAAUAUAUAAAACUUAAUAGUAGACAACCUGAUGAAAAUGAGAAAAAUUCUCAAGUCGAAAAUAAAAUGAACGAAAUAAAGAACAAUGAUAUGGAGAUAAAUGCAGAAAAUAUACAUUGCAUUAGUAAAAUAAUUUCGAAUGAAGAUAAUGCUAAUGAUAAUAAAAGAAGGGAAACCAAAUUAUAUGACAUAGAUUCAUAUAAUAAUAUUUCGAAUAAGAAACGAAAAUUAAGUGAAAUUACAGUUGAUAUGAAUAAUAUGUCUAGCGAAUUAAAAAAAAUUCCAAAACAAGUAUGUACACAAUUUUCGCUCGAAGAACAUCAAGAUUUGGGGAACGAUUAUGAAAAAAAAGAAAAUCAUACAAAAGAUGAAGAAGACCAGGGAAUAUAUAGUAAAAAUAAAUAUAUUAAAAAGCAAAAUUUAAUUUUAAAAAUAUCUAAUAUAAUAUUUGAAGGUGAAGAAGGAGAAAAAACGAAUGAAACCAGUUUGUUAUUUCAAAAUAAUAAGAAAAGAUUCAAUUUUUUAUUUGAAAAUAUGGAAUCUAAUCAUGAUAAAAAAAAAAAUAUAGAUGAUAAUAUAAAAAAGGAAUAUGAAUAUAUUGUUAAUCAAAUUGAUGUAAUAGUUAACACAAAAUCACAAGAAAAAUUGAAAAAUAAAAUAACAAACUAUCAAAAUGAUUUACAAAAAUGCUUAAUGUUUUUUAAUAAUAUUUUUUUGAAAUUGUCUGUUCAUAUAAAUACAUUAUUUAGUACAUGUAUAGAACUAUUGAAAUAUGAUUUUUCACAUCUAAAUUGUUAUAAGUUAACAAAAUUGAAUAACUCACGAAAAGUUAUUAAUCUUAUUAAAAGAUAUCAAAAUUAUCAAGAAUAUGUUAUACAUUUUAGUAAUUAUCUUUUACAAAUAUGUAAAAUAUUUAUGUCACGAAAUAAUAGUGAAAUUGUGUAUUUUAGUGGAAAAUAUAUAAAAGAUAUUAUAUCUAAAAAAGAAAUAAAGACAAUAAAAAAUUUGAUUACAAUUUUAAAUAAAUGGAACAAAAUAGACCUUAAUAUUUUAUUAAAAUUAACCCAAUAUAAAAUGGAAAAUAACACAAACAUUUAUCAACUAAAAAUACUUAAUUAUGAUUUAGUUAAAUAUAAUUUUUUUGUUAGAAAAGCCGAUUUUUUGAAAUAUAAUAAUAAAAUUAUUAGUUCGUUGAAAAGGAUUUGUUCUUUACUUUUUGACGGGCAACUAAACGAGAAAAUGAAGAAAACCAAAAAUGGUGAAAAUGGUGAAAAUGGCGAAAAUGGCGAAAAUGGCGAAAACGGCAAAAAUGGCGAAAACGAUCAAAAUUGUGAACACGACCAAAGUGAGUGCGUAGAGGUUGCCCAAUCUUACGAUUUUAACAUAAACAAUUUACUAAAAGAAUGUAACAAAUUUAGUAAAAUAAAUGAUUCAAAUGGAAAAAAUGAAAUAUAUCAAAACCAACGAAACGGAGAGAGUAGCAGUGAUGGAAGUAGUAGCAGUGACGGAGACAGUAGCAGCGAUGCUGAUGAAAACGAUCUUUAUUCAAAAUGCUUUGAUAAUGAAGAAAUUUUGGAAUAUAAUGUUUGGAAAUACGAAAGAGAAAUGAAAUCAAAUGAAAUGAAAGUUAUAAUAAAUUUAAAUAAAAUAUUAACUCAUGAAAUGAGUUAUUAUGAAUUUAUAAGAAAUGCAACAAAAAGAGAAAUAGACGAAAUAACAAAUAUUUAUAUAUAUAUAAAAAAAAUAUAUAAUUUUUUAGAAAAAAAUAAUGAAAAAAGUUCUUCAUUUGAUUUACCAUCUACACAAAAUGAAUAUUUAAUAAUAAACAAAUUUCGAGAAUAUUUAUUAGAAUUGUCUAUAAAUAAAAAUAACAAAGAAAUAUAUAUGACCAAUGAUACUACACAUUGUAUAAAUAACAAGAAUAAAAAUAUUCCUAUAAUUAAUAAUGAAGAAAAUGGUCAUAUAAAUUUUAGCAUUAUUGAUGAUUUUAGCUUAUUAGAAAAAUAUAAUAUAUAUAAUAAUAAUAAAGUUGUUAAAGAUAAAUAUAGUAAAGAUAUUUUCGAAAGUUUUGAACAGAUUAAACAAAAUAAAUACACUAACAACAGUUUAGAAGGAAAAGAAAGAUUCAAAUAUAUUUCUUAUAAAAAUGAUAAUGAUAUAUAUAAUUUAGCAAAUAUGAUAAAAACUAUUUUAGUAUUUAUACUUAAAUGCUAUAUAAAAAAUUAUGGUACAACAAACUCAACAAUAUAUGAAGAGAAUGCUAAAAGUUAUUUAUAUACAGAUCAUGAAAAAUUGAUUGUAAAUCUUGAAGAAAAUAUUAAACAAAUUAAUAAAGAAAAUACAAAAAAUGCUCAGAAACUAGAAAUAGAAAAAAAAUUAGUUAUCAGUCUAAAUAAGGAAUUAGAGAAAAAGAAUAAAAUUAUUAAAGAGAUGGAAUUAUCCUUAGAAAAAUUGACCAAUGAAAAUAACGAGUUUCGUGUCCAAGUAGAAAAAGAAAAAAUUGUUACUGACUCAGUAUUUGAAGAGCUAGAAGCAGAAAAGGGGAGAUGCACCAAGCUAGCUGAUGAGUUGGAAGCAGAAAGGGGGAGAAAUACUAAGCUAGAUGAUGAGUUAGAAUCGGAAAAGGGGAGAAAUACCAAGCUAACUGCUGAAUUAGAAGCGGAAAAGGGGAGAAAUACUAAGCUAGAUGAUGAGUUAGAAGCGGAAAAAGAAAGAAAUACCGAAUUAACUGAUGAAUUAGAAGCAGAAAAGGGAAGGAGCACUAAACUAGAUGGUGAGUUAGAGGCAGAAAAGGGAAGAAGCAGUAACCUAGCUGAUGAACUGGAAACUGAAAAAGAAAGAAAUGCCGAAUUAACUGCUGAAUUAGAAGCAGAAAAGGGAAGAAGCACUAAACUAGAUGGUGAGUUAGAAGCCGAAAAAGGAAGAAGUACCAAACUAGCUGGCGAGUUAGAAGCAGAAAAGGGAAGGAAUACCAAGCUAACUGCUGAAUUAGAAGCAGAGAAAGAAAGAAAUACCGAAUUAUCUGAUGAGUUAGAAGCUGAACAGGAAAGAAAUACCAAGCUAACUGAUGAUUUAGAAGCCGAAAAAGAAAGAAGCGCUAAACUAGAUGAUGAGUUAGAGGCAGAAAAGGAAAGAAGCACUAAACUAGAUGGCGAGUUAGAAGCAGAAAAGGGAAGAAGCAGUAACCUAGCUGAUGAACUGGAAACUGAAAAAGAAAGAAGCGCUAAACUAGAUGAUGAGUUAGAGGCAGAAAAGGAAAGAAGCACUAAACUAACUGGCGAGUUAGAAGCAGAACAGGGAAGAAGCAGUAACCUAGCUAAUGAACUGGAAACUGAAAAAGAAAGAAGCGCUAAACUAGAUGAUGAGUUAGAGGCAGAAAAGGAAAGAAGCACUAAACUAGCUGAUGAACUGGAAACUGAAAAAGAAAGAAAUACCAAGCUAACUUCUGAAUUAGAAUCAGAAAAGGAAAGAACCACCGAAUUAACGGAUGAAUUAGAAGCAGAAAAGGAGAGAAGCAUCAAGCUAGCUGAUGAACUGGAAGAAGAAAAGGAGAAAAUUAUCAAAGUAGCUGAUGAGUUAAAAACGGAAAAGGAAAAAAGUGGGAAACUAGGUGAUGAAUUAGAAGCAGAAAAGGAGAGAACCACCGAAUUAGCUGAUGAAUUAGAAGCUGAAAAGGGAAGAAAUACCAAGAUAACUGCUGAAUUAGAAGCAGAAAAGGGAAGAAGCGCUAAACUAGAUGAUGUGCUAGAAGCAGAGAAAGGAAAAAAUACCAAGCUAACUUCUGAAUUAGAAUCAGAAAAGGAAAGAAGUACCAAGCUAGAUGAUGAGUUAGAAGCAGAAAAGGAAAAAAUGAUCAAACUAGCUGGCGAGUUAGAAGCAGAAAAGGGAAGAAAUACCAAGCUAACUGCUGAAUUAGAAGCAGAGAAGGGAAUAAGCACCAAACUAGCUGGCGAGUUAGAAAGCAAAAAUAAAACAAUGUCACAAAAUAAAGAAUUGGAGGAUAUGAACAAAAUGAAAAAUGAUAAUAAGGAUAAAGAAGGUCAACAAAAUGUAAAAAAUACAUUUUUUUCACGAUUCUUAAAAAAGUAUAAAAAAAAUGAUAGCAACGAAAAUGGUAGCAACGAAAAUGGUAGCAACGAAAGUAGUAGCAACGAAAAUAGCAGCAGCGAAAAUAAAAUAACAAACAAAACGCUGAAUAACUUCAAAUUUUUGAAUGAUAACGAAAAAGAUGAAUAUGGUAAUUUAUAUUAUUCUCAUAUAGAAAGUGUAAUAAAAAAUGAUAAUUUAGAAAAAGAAUAUAAUAAAAUGAUUAUAAAUUUUAAUUCAAGAAUAGAUAAGUUUAAUAAAAAGGUGGAAUAUUUUGAUGAGAAAAUAAAAUAUUAUAAAAAUAUAUGUACAAAUUAUGAAAAAAAAAAUAUAUAUAUAAAUAAUUGUAUUGAUAAAUUGGAAGAACUUAUAAUAGAUGCAGAUGAAAAAAAAGACAACAACAAAAUUAAAAAAUAUAUACAAAAAAAAAUUGAAAAUUUAAAAAAUAUUUUAAAAGAAUUAAAAGCGAAUUAUAAAAUUGAAAUGAUUGAAACAGAUAAUAUGUUAUUUGAUGAAAUAUUAAAAGAAAAAGAUAUUUUACUAAAAAAAAUAAAUAAUUAUAAAAUAAAUAAUACUGAUAAUGAAAAAAGUGAAGAAUUAAAAAAAUAUAUGAAAGAUAUGAAUUUUAAAACAAUUAAUGAUUUAUUCAUUUUUCAUAUAAAUUCUAUAGAAGAGCUAAAUUUAAUUAAAGCCCAAUUUAAUAAAAUGAUAGAAGAUUGUUCUAUAAAAGAUAAAGAACUAACUAUAGUAAAUGAAAAUUGUAAAUCUUUAUUAUUAGAAGUAGAUAAUUUAAAAUCGAUUUUAAAUGAUCUAUUUUCUUACAAGGAAAAUAAAUCUGAGACAAUAGAUGUGUCAGAAAAUAUAUGUGAUAAAAUUGGGUCUAACAAGGUUCGUGAUCAAAUUGAGUCUAAUAAGGUUCGUGAUAAAAUUGGGUCUAACAAGGUUCGUGAUCAAAUUGAGUCUAAUAAGGUUCGUGAUAAAAUUGGGUCUAACAAGGUUCGUGAUCAAAUUGAGUCUAAUAAGGUUCGUGGUAAAAAUGGGUCUAACCAUGUUCAGGAUAAAAUUGAGUCUAACCAUGUUCAGGAUAAAAUUGAACUUAUUGAUUUGACAGAACCUUGUAAAUCUUUAUUAAAAAAUAAAGAAAAUUUGACAAAUUUAAAAAUACCAAUAGAUAAUAAUUCAGAUAUAAUUUCUAAUAUAAAUAAUGAACUAUUAGAAAAUAGUAAUUUUCCAUUAAAUUAUAGUGAUACUAGUAAUGGAAAAGAAACAAAAAGAAAUUCUUAUAAACCCAAAAAACAAAGAACCCCCAAAAGAGGUAAUAAUAAAUUAGCAUCUGAGGCUGUAGAUGAAGUUUCUCCUAAAAGAUAUCAACUAAGAAGAUCAAGCAGAAAUAAGUGA